AUGCGGACGCACGAUGACUUCAUGCGCGAUCUCGCGGAUAGCAGCAGCCCAACUGCCGACGCCAUAGACCGCAACGAUACAGAAGGCGAAUACGACCGGCGCAAGAAAACGCGCAUGGUGCACCCGUCCGCGUCGAUAUGCCGCGACUGGAUGAUCGUGUCGGGGAACUGCCACUACGCGCGCGACAAGGCCUCAUUCGCCACAUAUGCGCCGGUGCACACACUGGUCAAGAGCAAUACCUUCAAUCCGCAUGACGAGAAGCUGGUUGCGGGGGUGGGGAACGUCCAUCUGCCCGUUCGGAGGGGCCCCAAUGACCCGGGCACGCAUGUCCUUGUCCUGGAGGGUGUCUUGCAUAUCCCCGAGGCGAUCUGCAAUGGGUUUAACCCGUUAUUGGUGGGGAGUAGUAUGUCCUGCCAUCGGGACUACUGGGAGGGUGCGGAUGCGCGGGGGACGCCCAUGUGGUUUGGACUGCCGUUUGCUGGGCUGGGCAGGUUGGUGCUUGCUGGGGGGUUGGAGGGCGAGUCGGAUUUGAUUGAGGGGAGGCCGUACACGCUGAGUUUGUAUAUUAGUCCAGAGGAGAAGGAGGCGAUCAUGAGUCAAGCGAUGAAUUCUUGA